AUACCUGCAGAGAUUAUCAUAUGAAAUCAAGCUUCAAUAACACAUACAGAUGGAAAAUCAAGGAAAGAAGCAAGCGAGAACAAACAGACUAUGCGUGCAACGACAGAAACGGGCUAAAUACUCUUCCAGAAGCAAUGAGAAUGGUCACCCCAUAAAUGGCAGAGGAAGUAGAAUCGGACGAGAAUAAAAUAGUUCCACUUUGCGUGAUAUAACGAAUGGUCAAUUUCAAACAGGUAAUCUAUUCCACUAUGGAUAUGAAUAUAUAAUUUACCUUAACAAAUUUUAUUUGUGAACAGUUCCUCCAUCGGGACACAAAGAGGAUUGUCCUCUGAGUGUUAUUGUUAAUGGAAUGAGAAAACAAAAGAAUGUGAUGAGCUCAGACAUAUCAUUUGAUACACCUGCAUGUCGAGGAACAUUCCAAAAUAGUUUAUAUUCAGUAGAAUUAGAAAGGACUAAAACAUAUGGAAUCAUCGAUAACCCGAAAAGUGUUAAAACAAUGGCACAUGUUUUAGCUACGAUUUCAUCAUGUCAAUAUUACACAGCUUUGAUGAGUAUCCCAUCAAUGAGAUAUGGAAAAGUUGCAUCGGCGCAAACUCUCGGGCAUAAUUCAAAGUCCUUUCCACUGCGAGAUUUGAGCAACGAAUUUAAAAAUUGUUUGUUUACAAAUUCAAAACAAAAGAAGGGUAAAGGCAUAUUGGGUGGUCUUGACAUUCCAGACUUGAGUCGCUCCAGCAUGCAACAUGAAAGUUCAAGGUUUAAUACUGCUACUUCACAAGAUGAUUCAUAUUGUUUAGGUACUCCCGGUGGACAUAUAUUUCCUAAUUUUAAUGGUGAUUCAGGUGUUCAGAAUUUUGAAAAUAUGAUGAACAAUAAAUGUUUGCCGGAUUUAAAUGUUUCUCCGAUGGUGCAAGAUCUCCGGAGUCGCUCUCCAGAUAUUCGCUUACAUCGAAUUAUGCCGGAUCUAAAUUUUUCUUUAAUUUUGUCAGAAUCUGAAGCUGGAUACGUUGAUGCUGCUAUGCGAGAUGAUGAAGAUGAAGAUGAAGAUGAAGAGAACAAUAAUUGUGAAGAGGACAACAUCGAAUGUGAGGAUAUAUGUAAUGAUGAGUAUUGGGACAUAAGCGAUGCUAAUUAUGAAUGUGAAUAUUGUGGAGCAUAUUUUUGGUAUGAAGAAAGAAUCAACAAGCAUUAUAAAUCUAAAAGACCAGUUUUCAAUUUGUGUUGUAAUCAUGGAAAGAUCAAGCUCCCGAAUUCAAAGGAGCCUCCUCCAACUUUAAAGUAACUGUUGUUUGAAUCAGGUCCGAAAAGUAACCAUUUUCGAGAGAAUAUUAGAACUUACAAUUCUAUGUUCUCAUUUACAUCAAUGGGAGGAAAGGUUGAUGUUUCCGUCAAUCAUUCGCGUGGUCCAAGAAUAUUCAAAUUGUCUGGCCAGAAUUAUCAUCAAACUGGAAGUUUGUUGCCUCCUUAGGGGUCCAAUCCAAAAUUUACUCAAUUAUAUAUUUACGACAAAAAAAAUGAGGUUGCAAAUAGAAUUCAUGCAGUGAGUAAUUGUCAGAACGUUAACAAACUUCACGCUGAGAUUGUUGCUGAUUUGAAGCAAAUGCUUGAUGGACACAAUGUUUUGGCUAAGACAUUUAGAAUGGUAAGAGAUCGAUUUCAAGAAGAUAGAAGCUCCAAUGUUAAGCUCAGAUUAAUAGGAAAGAGACACACCGAUGGAAGAAGAUACAAUUUACCGAUGAUUUUAGAGGUAGCUGCUUUAGUGGUUGGAGAUUUUGAACUGGAUAAAUAUGAUAGAGAUAUCAUAAUUGAAACACGGUUUGGUCAGUUACAGAGGAUAAAUGAGUUGAACACUGCCUAUUUGGGUCUACAAUAUCCUUUACUUUUUCCAUAUGGCGAAGAUGGGUAUAGAGAGGAUAUUUCUUUAAAUGAAGAUGGAGGUGAAGAUCAUGAAUCAGCUGGAGGAAGAAAAUGUGUUAGUGUGCGAGAGUUUUUUUCUUACAAGAUUCAAGACAGGAAGGAUGAAGUAGCAAUAAUUAUGUCAGCAAGAAGAUUAUUUCAACAAUUCUUAGUUGAUGCAUAUACAAUGAUUGAAUUAGGUCGUUUGAAGUAUAUUAGGACUCAUCAAAAAUAAUUGAGAGUUGCAAUGUAUAAUAUGUUACAAGAAACUAUUUUACAUGGAGAAACUAAUCCUUCAUCCCAAGAGAAAAGGGUUGUUCUACCAUUAACCUUCACAGGAGGUACACGAUACAUGAUUCAAAACUAUCAAAAUGCUAUGGCAAUA